CAACCUCUUCCAGUGUUGUGGUAUUCUGAGUGGUUUGGCGUGGUAAAUGUGGUGUAGUUUCUGGAUUUCCUGAUUGGUUGUUGUCUGUUCAGCUGAGGAGCAGCAGAGCUCAGCAGGUGGCGUCCAUCGUCCAGAAGGCAGAGAGCGUCUACUGGGCCACUCUGAGAGACAUCCACAGAGACGUCCAGGAAGGUCUGAAGGAGGCUGAGGACGUGACUCUGAAUCUGGGUCCUGUGCAGGAGAAGCUGGAGCAGGUGGAGCAGAUGGAGUACCAGCAGCUGGGGGACAACAUGGCGGCUGUGAUGGAGGAAGUGUGUCUGUUGUGGAUCAGGUCUGAGUUCUACUGUAAACCCUGCAGGAUGGUAGUCCUGCUACAGGAGGUCUGCAACCUCUUCCUACAGAUGAGCAGGAAGUUCCUGUGUGGGGAGGAAGUGAUGCGUUGCCUGGUGUCAGACCCAGGCCCGGUGCUGGAUGAUGUCAGACUGGUGAUCCGGACCUUGCAGACCCUCAAAGAGGCGUACAGCCAGACCAGGAUCCAGCUGGAGGAGGAGCAGCAGAGCUGCUGGGACUUCCCUUCACACCUGGUCUUCUUCCACCUGGACAACUUCCUGCUACAUAUGCACAGCAUCCAGGAGGUGUUCAGUGUGAGUGUGCAGCUCUACCGGUUGGACCAGGCGGUGCUGUCGGGCGUGGGAGGCAGGAUGUGGUCUGACGUGGUUCAGGGAGUGUAUCAGGACUUCCUGUGUCAUGUGACGGUUCUGUCAAACUUCACCUGUGACCCCACUGACCCUGACGACCAGAGCUUCCAGCAGCAGCUGGCUCAGUUCCAGGCUCAGGUGUCGGACCUGGAGAGACGUCUGGUGUCCGUCCUCAGCAGAGCUUUUGAGGACUGCUGCUCCGUCUCGUCUGCAGCAAAGCUGGUGAAGAUGUUUGGGUUCAUCCUGGACCGCCCUCUGAUCCAGGAUCAGCUGCGUCCUCACCUGCUCCGCCUGGUGGAGAUGGUUCUGGAGGAGCUGGAUCAGACGGAGCGUCUGUUCCAGAGUCAGAGAGAGAAACUGGACACGUUCAGCCGGUUCCUCCCGACCGCUGCAGCCAGACACUGCUGGAGCCACAGGCUCCGACUCAGAGCUGAAGACACGCUGACACACUUCACUGCUGUUCACAACCUGUACCAGGACUCUGGUGUGGCCCAGCAGGUUCUGCAGAGGUUCCAGCAGAUUAUGGACGUCCUGCAGGACUUCGGAGAUGGCGUAAGGUCCGCCUGGAGCUCGCAGCUGGACUCAGACUGUGGAUUCAUCCUGGACCAACCUCUGCUACAACACAACCAGCAAGGCAUGCUGGGAGUCAACUGCAGCCACAAGCUGGAGGCGGUGCUGAGGCAGCUCCGGUACGUGAGCAGGGAGACAGAUGUGGAGCUCCACCUGCACGCUGCUCGACUCUACACCUGCAUAGAUGACGUCACACAGAGCUACCUGAGCCUGAGUCACACCAUGUCCUGCUACGGCCAGGCGGUGAGUGAGGCGCUGGAGGAGGAAAUUCCUCUGAUCCAGAACCAGCUGCAGGAGCUGAACCGGACUCUGUCGGACCUGCAGAGGACCACCUGGAGCUGUGAAGGUGUACUGCAGCUGGUGGAGCAGCAGAGACACAGAGUGAUGAUCUUCCACGCCACAGUGAGCGAGGCCAGAGCCAACAUGGACGCCAUGACAGGAAUCCUACAGGGAUGGGCGGAGCUUCAGCUGCUGCAGCGGUCAGCUGACUCGCUGCUGGAGGGCGGAGCCACAGAGCAGAGCUGCAGACGAAUCAGAGACGAGGGACAGGAGCUGCUCCGGCUCACACAGGUGAACAGGCGUCUGUACGCAGCUGAAGACUCCUCCGAGUCCUGGAUCACAUAUCUGGACCACAUCGACGACAAAGUCCAGGACGGACUGUUCCAGCUGCUGCUGCGAUCGCUGCACUUCCUGUCUGACAACAUGAACCCAGAGAGCUGCAGUGCUGUGUUUCUAGCCGUCAGUCUGCAGCUGCAGGAGACAGGAAGUGUGUUUGAGCCGUCAGUGGAAGGCGGCCUCUCUGACCUCCUGAAGAGCGUCAUCUCUGACAUUUACACCGCCGCCAGUUUGCCGCCCAGGAUCUCUGUGAGUCGCCACGGCAACUACCAGGAGUCCCUGCAGCAGAAUCCGGAUCUGUCUGCGUUGGAACAGGAAGUGAUGCGUCGCCUGGGGCAGGUGCGUGAGGAGGCGGAGCUUCUGAAGGCGAGGCUGGACCGGUACUCCUUCCUGUGGCUGAGCAGCCGGGCGGCCGUGAUGAAGGAGUUCCUGAAGUACAGCCGGCAGCUGGGACCAGAGGAGCUGGAGGCUGAAGGGGCCCCGCCCACCCUGAAGGACUUCCACAGAGAGAUCGAGUCCCUCGGCAGACGGAGGACAGAUGUGACUCAGCUGGAUGAGGUGGUCGUUCUGCACAGCUGGCUGCAGGUGGACCUGCGUCCCUUCAGAGACUCGCUGCUGUCCGUCCUCCAGGACUGGAGACACAUGUACACACAGUACCUGCUGGGUGCCGUCAGCAACAGUCUGAAGCAGGUGACCCAGCGUGGCGAGGAUGAAGACUCCUCCUCUUCCUCCAGGUUCCCGCUGACUGAAACCAUCCUCCUGCUGGAAGCUGCAGGAGUCGAGCUGCCUGAACACCUGGCGGCUCAGCUGCAGUGCUGAGGACCUGAAGAGGAAACGUGAUUCCAGUGUUGACUUUAUUUAUUGAUUAUUGUUCAGAUUUGAGGAUUAAAAGUUGAGUAAAUCCUG